AUGGCACAAGAAAUGUCACCACAAAAGGAGGAAGCUCAAAACCAACCAAAGCCAAGAUUCAAAAUGAUGGCUCAAAAGAGUAAAUCAAAGCCAAAGCCAAAGCCAAACUAUGAUCGGAAAGCAAAGCACCCAGAUUAUGUCCAAUUUCGGUGCAAUGUCAACGCUUUCAACAGCAUCAUUACGGAUGUAAAAGACAAGCUGAAUGAAAGGCAGAAGAAGCUUCUCAAGAACACCCCAUUUUGGAACUUGAUUGAGGUGUUUUACAACCGAAGGAUUGACAUGAAUAACAUGAAUAAGUCAGACCUUGACUUAGUUCAGCUGCUCAAGAAGUUUGAUCCGGAUACAAAGUCCUUCAAAUUUGGCACCGAAGCAUUCAAGAUCACAGGCAAUGCAGUGACUCAGAUUCUAGGACUGCCAAAUGAAGGAAAAUCUGUCAAACUUGUCAAUGAUAGGUACACUUCUACCUUCAGAAUAAGGCACUUUGGAGAAAAGGGAAAACCAUCAAAAAAUCUGGUAGAAGCAGAAUUACUGAAGACAAUUUCAUUGGCAAACCAACCGAAGAAAGAAAAGGCCAAGGCAGAGCAAAAGAAAGAAGCUGAAGAAGAAGAAGAAGAAGAAGAAGUUGACUACGACAAGGAGGUGGUCAGCAUAAUAUUGAUUCACCUAUGCAUGACAUUCCUUUUUGCCAACGCUUCGUCUACUUUGCAUUGGAAAGUAUUUGAGCACUGUGUGAAUCUGGACACACUUUCAAGCUAUUCUUGGGCAAGUGCUGUUUCAGCCUACAUGAAUGAAUCCUUGGUCGCAAAAGCAAAAGCAAAAGCAAAGAAGGGAGGAGAAGGCUCUAUAGGAGCUGUUUCGGGUUGCAUUAUCCUAAUAUUGUUUCUACUGUGUGAGAGGACAAACAUAAUACAACCAAUCCUGGGCAAAGAGAAAGAAACUCCUGCCAUUCUUAAAUGGAGUCUUGUGGAACUCCACACAAGAUUCAACCAAAUAAAGGACUUGAAUGACAUCGAGGGUAUUUUCAAAACUCCUAAAAAGCGAAAAACUACCAGGGAAGAGGAAGACACUGUUGACAAGGGUAUUUUGAAAGCAUAUAAAAAGAGAAAAACUACCAGAGAAGAGGGAGAUCCUCUUGACAAGAAAAAGAAGAUGCAGAAAAAAGAAAAAGAAGAUGAAGGACAACAAAGAGAAGCAGAGGAAGCAGAAGACCAAGGAAAACCUAAUAAUGCUUAUCAAACUCCAGAAUUAAAAGAGGAUGGAAAGAAGAAAAUGUUUGAGAAUGAAGCUGGAAAUGAACCUCUUGCAAUUCAAGACCUCUUGGUGAAGUCCAUGACAGACCAAAUCAACUAUCACCAACGUCAAGAUCCUAGCUUCAUUUGCCCAGAAAGAUUACAACUGUGGAAGGAUGAAAAAAAUGAAGACAGUGAGAAGAAAAUGAAGGAAUUGUGGGAUAUAUUUAUCCAAGGAGAAAAGAGAUCAAAGGAGCUGGAAGAGAAGUUGGCAACAUACGUAGAGAAAUUAGAUAAUGAAGAAUAUGUGACUGCCACCAUGACAGUGGAAUCUACAGUUCAGCUUCAGGAAAUAGAAAAUCUAAAAAGGAGGAUUGCAGAAUUGGAAGGCAAGGAAACUCGGAUUGACAUGGAGAAGAUUGCCAAGAAAAAGGAGAUGGAUCUGCCUACAACACAACCAACAGAAGAGCAAGAAGAAGAAGAAGAAGAGAAAGAAGAAGAUAAGAAAGAAGAAGAGAAGCAACAAGAAGAGAAAGAAGAAGAGAAGAAGCAAGACGCUCCAACACUUCAAGAGUACUAA